AUCCUCCAAGUAUAAUAUUUUUUCUCAAACAGAAACGCCACUCUUACCAUACCAGAUUGAGAAAACCCUUAUCCAGAGAGACCGAUGACAGCGCUAAAUAUAUGGGGGAUGGGGCAAGCUACCGCAACUGUGCUCCACCUCAGUCCCUUUUGUUGCUUAGAUUUCUCUGCCAAGAAAUCCAUCAAUUGCAGCUUUGUUUUUGGUUGGGGCUACACUGCUCUUCACGAUUAUCGUGCCAACAAGAACAAGAUGCAUUCUUUCUUUCCAAAUAAGAACCGCAAGUACUCUAAUUUCCAUUGUUGCAGUUGUACUAACAGUAACAACAACGCUAACAGUAGUGGUUCUGCCAGUUAUUCGUUGGACUGGGAUUGGAAUAGAUGGAGUCGCCAUUUCUCUGAGAUUGAACAAGCUGAGAGUUUUGCUUCUGUUCUCAAGUUCCAACUUGAAGAUGCAAUUGAGAAGGAAGAUUUCGAAGAAGCUGCAAAAUUGAAAAUGGCCAUUGCAAAAGCCACUUCCAAGGAUAGUAUUGCUGAACUAAUGUCCGAGUUGCAGAAUGCAAUAGAUGAAGAACGGUACCAUGAUGCUUCAAGAUUGUGUAAAUAUACGGGCAGUGGAUUGGUAGGUUGGUGGGUGGGCUACUCAACUGAUUCUGAUGAUCCCUUUGGUAGACUGGUACGAAUAACUCCUGGAGUGGGCAGAUUUGUCGGAAGGAGUUACAGUCCAAGGCAGUUGGUCACUGGAUCUCCUGGAACUCCAUUGUUUGAAAUUUUUGUGGUUAAAGAUGCAGAAAAAAGUUAUGUUAUGCAGGUCGUAUGUCUGCGGCGAGCUAAAGGAGUUUCAACAAACUCCACAAGUUCACCUUCUAAAUCUGGUAAAAGUCCAUCCACUUCUGAAGUUGAGAAGGCUUCUGCAAUAGAUGUUCAGAGAAAUGAAGUCAAGGCAGAGAGAAGUGAGGAGAAGGGUAUAAAUAUUGAGGGGGCAACUGAGGAAGGAAUAAAAAGCGUGAUAAAUUUUCUUAAAGAUAAGAUUCCAGGGCUGAAAAUAAAAGUCAUGAACAUUGACGCUACGAAGGAAGUGAUAGAGGAUAAUGAUUCUGUGAAGCAACUGAUGCAAGAAGAUGAAGAGCAGACAACUUCUAGUGAGAAUUCUGAAGACGAAACUGUUAAGUUGGAAGAAAUUCAGCCUGAUGGCGCUUCCCUGGAAGGUGGUAGUGAUCCCUCAGAAGAUGCAAAAGAUUUAGAUAUGAAGCUUUUUAUUGGUGGAGUUGUACAUAAUGACGAGGACACUGCUAAUAAGGAUGAGUAUGUGCGUUUACCGGCCGAUAUUAAUGAUAUGGAUAGAGAUUCUUUUGUAUUACAUAUUCCUGAGAAAAGUCUAGAUUAUGACAGUAAAGAAAGUAAAGCAUCCAGGAUAAAAGUGGCAGCUAUAGCAGCUAAAGGUAUUUCUGAGCUGAUGCCUCCAGAUGUUGCAAAGGCAUUUUGGAGUGCUGAUAAAGUGUCUUCAAAGGUUUCAAGAGAUGUGCGUGAAAUUGUCAAACUCGCUGUUAGUCAAGCACAGAAGCAAAGCCGUUUAUCCAAGUAUACAAAUUUCAGUAGAAUUACCACAUCCAAUAACAAUUUUGAUCCAUUUGAUGGCCUAUAUGUUGGUGCUUUUGGUCCUUAUGGAACAGAGGUAGUACAAUUGAGGCGUAAGUUUGGUCAUUGGAAUGGUGUGGAUGACAAGUCCUCAGAUGUGGAAUUCUUUGAGUAUGUAGAGGCAGUGAAACUAACAGGGGAUCUCAAUGUUCCUGCUGGCCAGGUAACAUUUCGUGCCAAAAUUGGGAGAGGAAGUCGCAAUUCUAACCGUGGAAUGUAUCCAGAUGAAUUAGGAGUGGUUGCAAGUUACAAAGGUCAAGGAAGAAUAGCAGAAUUUGGGUUUCGAAAUCCACAAUGGGUUGAUGGUGAACUUCUCCAACUCAAUGGGAAGGGCAUUGGACCAUAUUUCAAAGGUGCAGAUCUUGGUUUCCUUUACAUUAUUCCUGAGCAAAGUUUCCUGGUGUUGUUUAACCGGUUGAAACUGCCAGACUAAAACUGAUUUUUGUCUCCACUCUGAUAUGGCAAGAGAUAAAGCAUCUGAUAGUGGGGAUAGUACUUGUAUAUAUUGUGUGUUGAGAAAUGCAGACUGUUUUUUCGCACUUUGUGAGGUAUUUACUAUAUUUUAUUUUAUUACUUUAUUUUUAUGAGGGGCAUUUUUCCUUGUAUGCCUUUCAUAUAUAAAUUCUUUCCUUUUGGUGUAAAUCUUCUUUGUUAAGUAAUCAAACUAAUAAACACGAUGUAGUGCGUAUGAAAUGUUAUUCAACUGCAGUUUUUUGA